UCCACUUGGCAACUUCGCUCCAGUCAGACCGAGUCAAACGGCUUUGACUGACUUCACAACAUUCAGGAUGUUUCCGCGCUGCUCUUGUUCGAUAUCUGGAUGUCGGCUGGUGGGACUCGGCCGCUGAGUUUGGAAAUGACCGGGUCUUGGUAAACUUUUAGCGGCUUAUUAGCUAAUGAAGAAUAGCUAGUUAAGCGAAGUCUGUCGAAGAUUAGCUAAGUAAGCUAACCCGCAUAUUGAAUGAGUAUAGAACAGAGAGCUUCUCUGCUGGUUUAUCUGAACCCGGAGACUACCUUAGCUACAACUGGCUAUAGGUCUCAACAUGCAGGUUGCGAUGUUGUUUGGUGUUUAGAGGCUGCAAUGGAGAACUGCAACAUGGAUAACAACACGCACUAUCUGUCCAGGGGAGUGAGACCAACGCUAUUAUCGGCUGUGGGAAUUUGCCUGCACUGACUUCACACUUUGCCAGACCAAAUACAUACUAUGAGGAUUUCAGGACAUUUCUCAAAGGAGGUGUGUUAAGCUGUCUACAUUUGCAAAGAAUGUCCGACUUGGAAAGUGCCAGUUCACAUUUUGGUCUGGAGGAUCCGCAGUGGCUGUGCAUGGUCACACUGUUUAUCGCAUCCCUGGUCACUCUGUUGGUGUAUUUAAUUCAAUACAUCCAGCAAAAACGUGAAAGAAAUAAGCAGAGGACAGCCGAGGACAAUGCGGCGAAGGAGGAAGCCGCCGCUCUGCUGAAAUGGGCGCUGUCACUGAAAAGCUGGAAAAGUCGCUGGAGAGGAGCUUGGUGCAGCGCUCUCAACGACGAAUCGAGGAAGCGUGGGGGGGCUGUCUUGUUGACAUUUGAAGAUGAUGAAAUUGAAGAAUCAGAGCUCAUGGUCAGCCAAGUGUCAAGCGUUCAGAAGUCUUCCAGGAGCCAGCAGGCCUCUUGCUUCACCGUGGUCGGGGAGAAACUUGAGUUUGCCCUCAGAGCAACAUUUUCAGCCAUGGCUACAGCCAAUCCAUAUAAAUACACCAUCUCUAUAGCCCCACUGGAGCUGCAGCUUCAGAUGCAACAGGCUGAAGAUAAGAUCAAGCUGAGCUGGGGAGUGUCUCACCUGGAGACUGGGGACCUGCAGGUGACGCCCAGAAUGACCGAGGACACAUCCAGUGUAGCAGCCAUAGAGGAGCAGCUCAGGCAGCUGCUCUGUGCGACACGCCCCUCUGUGUUGCUGAGCUGCAGGCCUGCUCAGGCUUCGGAGAUCAAGGAAAUCCAAAACCAAUUUGUCUCGCCCCCAAAACCACCCCGUGCCCACGACUGGAAGCUGCUAGUGAAAAACAUCCGGGUGAUUCUCAAUCAGGAGGAGGAUGCUGCAGGCAGCAUGAAUCCUCUUUGUGUGCUGCAGUUAGAUGACCCUCCACAGAAGUUUAACACGUCUGCUUUAAAGAACACAACCAAUCCUGCCUGGGACCAGCCGUUUAUCUUUGAAUUGAAUGGACGAUCAAAGGAGCUCAGUAUUCAGCUGAUGAAUGAUGGACAACCUCUAGAGAAAUCCUUAUUAGGUCAGACGUCGGUGCCUUUAGAUCUGGUGAGAAAACAGCCCAAAGGACAGCAUACAUUUGCACUCACGACCAAAGACACAGUGACUGGAUCACUUACUACUGACUUUACCUACUUGGAGCCUAGCGAGGUGAGGUCCUGGCACCCUCCAACUCCAGCCUCCAAUAAGAAGGUGGAGAUGGAUCGUACAGUCAUGCCCUGUGGCACCGUGGUCACCACCAUCACCGCAGUGAAGAGCAAGCCAGGUCGACCAUUCCCACUUGGAUUCAAUAUAGACCCUGCCCAGAAACCUGUGGUCAACAACCCUAAGCUGUCGGAGCGACGAGUGUCGGAGCAGGCGUCUUUGUCGGGGGCCCCGGUCAGCAAGGCUUUGUCCUCUUCUGACACGGAGCUGCUCAUGCUCAACGGCACAGACCCGGUGGCCGAGGCCGCCAUCAGGCAACUCCACCACUCUGCCAAGCAGAAGCUCAAGUCCCCAGUGAAGAAGAGCACCAUCAUUAUCUCAGGCAUCGCUAAAACGCCCUUGUCACAGGACGAUGAACUCGCUUUGAUGGCCGGCUACGCUGCGGCGAUGGAUGCCUCGAUGUCGGAGGACAGCUCCACUCAGGAGGCGACCACAGCGAUUGCGUCGGGGUCCAGUAGCCCUCCUGAGAUGUCGGAGCCACAAGAGGGCCCCAGUGGAAUUGGCCGGCCCCCAGAAGACUGGGAGAGCCAGACGGGAGAGGAAAUCGACAAUUCUUCACUGUCCAUGUGUGUGUCUGAAGUGAGCUGCAAGAAGAGUAGAGAGGAAAGCAGUGCAAAUCUCACAUUAUGUCCAGAUGAGUAGCUUCCUAAGGAAGAGCGCCAAGCUCUUCUUCCGGCGGCGUCACCAGCGCAAGGACCCAGGGAUGAGCCAGUCCCACAACGACCUGGUUUACUUGGAGUCUCCAGCUGCAGUGGAUCGCGCCAGCCGUACAGCCACACUUAGCCGUAUGCUCAGCCGCAGGAGUAGGAAUAAGAGUAAAGCCAACGGCUCCACCUCUGUUGGGGAGCCACAUGCGUGACCUCCACCCUCGUCUCACCUCAGUCCUUCUCACAACAACCACUAUCACCGCAAAACUUCCUGGUUAACAAAGCCCUGCUAAUGCCCAACCUGCAUACCAGGACUCCUGCAAUGUGAAUGGGAGAGUUGUGCAGGUGAAAAAAAAGAAAAAAAAUCCACUCUAGUGCUUCCUAUAAGAAGCAGCCAUUCCACCAAAAGUGAGUGUGUGCAUGUGUGGAUGAAUGUAUCCUCUCCUGGCUUGAUGGCAUUGCAGAGGAUAUUAUUCAGCAUGUUUUUUAUGUGAUUUUAUGCAACAUUUUGAAAUCUUAAAGUGCUUUUAUGGCCUUGUUAUGGACAGAAGGGGCUGGUGUAGGCUGUCGCUCUUUACCUCAAUGAGGGUAAAGGUUAAGCUCUCCCUGCUGUAAACCGCAAAGUUUCCUACGGUGAACCAACAGGACCAAAGAUGAAGAGCAGAGUGGUUAUUUGUAUGAUUUGCAGUUUUACAAGCGUUUUAUUUAAAGUGCAAUGACGGGAGCUACUCGUGUGCUCGAGACUCUUCUUCACGUCCGAGUCAUGUUGAAAGCAUUCACAAAAGCGAGAAGAUCGUUUCACUCUGGGACUUGUGCUCGUGGCAGAAAGUGAUAUGACUACUUAUUGACACUAAGACUAUGAAAUAAGUAUUUUAAAUCAAGCAUCCAUUUUAUUUUAGUUUUUUUCAAUUAACUUCAUUUUCAUCAUUUUUUAUUCUUAAUUGAUAAUACAUGGCUAUAUGCAAUGUGCAUAUAAAAAAAGCUUUGCUACAAAUUGUGUCCAGAAAAACACAGGGCCGAUGUUUUAACAAAGGUGGUCAGGAUUGGCUGAGUGCAGAGGUCAUGUUAUUGUGCAUCACCAGCUACUGAAACAACAGUAACACUGUGGCGAACAUGAACUUCACACAUAAAUGAGCAUUUAAUGUUUACUCCUGUCUGCUGUGUUUUGAAAUGAUAUGCAACUUCCUUCUUCGUCUUCCUAAAAGAUUCUUCCUGUACACUACAAUGAUCAGCAGGGUUGAAAAUGUGUCAAAAGGGAACAGAAUUUAAUUUUAAUUUAAAACCCAGUGAUUUUACACGUGGCCAGACUCUGGCACGUUACUCACUAAUAAACUCAUUCUAUGCCCAUUUUAAUCCUGCAUUUUUAUCAGGAUGAAACCCUAUCUUUCUUUAAAUAAGUGUUUUUUGGGUUUUUUAUGUAGCUUUGAUCUCAUAAGAAAGUGUGAAUAUGUUUGAGAACAACCAAAUUGUUUUUGGUUGUUUUUUUUAAUUCAGCUAAUGAUUGUAUUUUUUUUUCUCCAUUCAUCCUGUUCUACUGUUUCCUCUGUAAUUUAAAAUGUGCUGAGAUAAUAAAUGCAGCAGCACAGUGACAGACAGAAUCAACAGAUUGCCUUACACAGAUACUCUGAAGAUGUAAUAAUGGACGGCUGGUUACUCCACCAUCAGAGAACUGAGGGAACCUUCAGGAGUUAUUAGAAUAGCAUCAUGUCACCAUGUUCCUGCACCAUCAGCAAUGUCUAUUGUCAAAAAGCCUAUGCACAUAUCUGUUAACUUUUUAUGAGUAAAAAAAAAAACACUUCCUGUCCAUGACUGUUCAUCUCCUGCAGAUGAGGUGUGGAUUGUCAUUGUGUCUCCUUCACCUGCUCCCGUCUGUUAAUGAUUCAGUCUGAAAUGGUUCAUUUUAGUCGCAGUCAGCUUCUGAGCUCCCUCAUAGAGCUUGGUGUCAGCAGCGGCGCCAGUUGUACAUCCAGUGAAUAUAGUCAGGCUGUCUGUGAUUAAUAAACUGCUUCCUGAUGUUUUCUGUACUCGCAUCUGUUUUUGUGCACAGAAACUCAACUCUUGCUGCAGGAUGUUUCUCAGCUCCCUUUUAGGGAUUGCAUAUGACAUUUUUGUUUUAUCACGUUCAGCAAUAAAAGAAUUGACAGAAUAACUGAGA